AUGUACGUGAGUUACCUGCAGCUGGAUAAGGACCCCACAAUGUACCCGCACCAGAACCCGGUGACCCGCCACCCGGGCCUCAGCCUCAGCCCGCAGAACUUCGCGGUCCCGGCCCCACCGCAGUACUCAGACUUCGCCGGCUACCACCACCACCACCACCACGGCAUCAACAACGACCUGCACCCGGCUCAGCAGGCCGGGCCGGGCGCCGGCGGCUGGAGCUCGGCCUACCCGCCCCCUCCGCCCACACGGGACGACUGGUCGUCGCAUCACUACGCCGCCGCAGCCGCGGCCGCCGCGGCCGGGGGGCCUCCCAGCGCAUCCACCGUGCCCGGCGCGGUGGGUCCCACCCUGGGAUUCAGCCCCCCGGAGUUUACUGGGCAGCCGCCUGGUUUGCUGCCCGCUUCCCUGAACUCGUCGGCGGGGCAGCUGUCCCCCGGAUCCCCGCCGAGGAGGAACCCCUAUGACUGGAUACGACGCAGCUCCGCACCGCCCAACCCAAAUGGAAAGACGCGGACUAAAGACAAGUACCGGGUGGUUUACACCGACCACCAGCGGCUGGAGCUGGAGAAAGAGUUCCACUACAGCAAAUACAUCACCAUCAGGAGGAAGGCGGAGCUCGCCACAGCGCUCAGCCUGUCAGAGAGACAGGUGAAGAUCUGGUUCCAGAACCGCCGGGCCAAGGAGCGCAAAAUCAACAAGAAGAAGCUCCAGCAGCCGGCCUCCUCCACGACCACGCCCACCCCUCCCACCGGCACCAACGGCAGCGGAGGAGGCGGCAGCCUCCAUGGAAACAGUGGGAGCAGCGUCGCUAUGGUGACAAGCAGCAGUGGCAGCAAUGGGCUAGUGUCCCCUUCCUCCCUACCUUUGAAUAUCAAAGAGGAGUACUGA